GUGUCGGCGCGACGUCACUGUUCUGAUCUUGUGCACGCUCGAUACUGCUGGCCCUGAUGACGACUGCUCCUGGUUAUGUCAAUUGAUGGCCCCGAUACUAACUAACUCGAUCGACAUUGCAUCCGAAUGUAUGUUUCUGGUGACUCUUUAACGGUGUUACUGCGGCCAAAACAACCGGACUAACCUUGGACGUGUAUAUGACCUUGAUGCAUGCAUGACCUUGCAUGCUGGAUGGAACCUUGCUUGCCGCCUGCGCUGUGCUCUAUCCUUAUAUCAUGAUCUUGGUUUUGGUCCUGGUUUCUUUUUUUCUUUAUCACACACAAUUUCCGCUGACAUCGCGCCAUCUGGAACGUUGGCUUCAUUUGCUUGCAUUCUACAUGAAUGUUCGCGCCUGUCAAUUGUGCUUGCUCCUUCCGUUUACUCAAAUCUUUCGUUUGUGAUGGCACUGUCAUUCUUUUUUUUUCAUUCCGGUCUGCAAUGCGCGCUGGUCGGAUGUGCUUUAACUUGUGCCAUUCUACGUUUGAUCGUUCUUCCCCUUUUUUGUUGCUUUUUUCAUUGGUGUUCCUACUCCUUGUUCCUCGGUGCGGAUGGCUAUGGUAAAUCUUCCUCUUUUCAACUUUUUUGGCUGCUCUUUAUCUCCACUUGUUCUGCUUGCGCAACGUAUGUCUUGGCCCUUCGAUUUCUGAUCGCUGCGGAUCCCCUACUGCUAAACCUUCCAAACAACCUUGUUCAAUUGACACACACAACCCGAACCGGCUAUCUGGCGAUGUUCCUGUGCCGACUUCCCGACACCGGCUACCUUUUCUGUCUUGCCGCUCCGGCUACAUUUGUUACCGACGCUAAACUCUUGACGCCGACUCGACGUCACCGCGCCUUCUUACAUUGCCGACUCGACAUCCUGGCUGGUCUUAACUUGCUCUAAUUCCGUGGCCCGCUUCUUGAUUUCGUCAUUCUGCCGGUUUGACAACCUCUUGUCGUGUGACCCGGCUAUAUGCACGUUCUACACGCUUUUGUCGUCAU